UUUCAAAUUCGUAAAUCAUAAUAUUUGGUAUUCACUAAAUCAGUUUUCAUUUAUUUUAUUUACAUAAUUUAAAUAAUGCAAGUGGAAUAUUAUUUAGAAAAAUUAUGGUAAAUGUAAUGAAAGGAGUCAUAGUUGAAUGCGAUCCUGCUAUGAAACAAUUCUUAAUUCACCUGGACGAAACUCUUGCUUUAGGAAGAAAAUUUAUUAUUCAAGACUUAGACGAAUCACAUCUUUUUAUUUCGACAGAUAUUGUUGAAACACUUCAAGGAAAAAUUGAUGAUUUAAUGGAUAAAAUUAGCUUUCCGCUUCACGAAAAGGAAUUGUAA